UAUGAUUCAUAAUUCAAAUAGAAAUCCAAUAACAGAUCCCUAUUCUUUAGAAGAUUAAUUAGCAAGAGAAUUAUAAAAACGUAAAGUUGAGGAAGAAAAAAAAAGAAGGGAAAUAGAAAGAAUUUGUGCUGAGAGUGAAGAAAUCAAACUACUUAAAUAAAAAGUUUAGACUGCAUAUGUGACAAAAGAGAGAACUUAACAAUUAGCUGAAUAAUAAUUGAGAAGAAUUUAAGAGUUGGUAUAUAUAGUCAGUUAUAUUUUCAAAAAUAGAAAUAAGAAAGUGAGAUUGAAGCAGCUAUUCUAGAAAAAUUGAAAAGAGAAUAAGAAGAAGAAAGGGCUAAAGAGAAAUUUAGACUUCAUUAGAGAUUAGAGGGAAAAUAUGUAUUUGAAUUCAUAAUCAUCUAUAAUAGACAUUAUAACAAUAAAUGAAAGAACAUGAACAAUUAAGAGAUGAAGCCAAAGAAUAAUAUAUUUAUGAAAAGGAAUAAGUCAAUAGAGUUAUUCAACAAUUAAUAAAUGAAGAUCGCAAAUUUAUAGAGGAUCAAGCAAAAAAGAAGAAAAUAGCUUUUUCAGACAUGUAAAAUGCUUUGAGAGAGAAAGCUGAAUUAAUAUAUAGAAUGAAAUAAAGGGAGAGAGAAGAGAAUUAGAAAUAUUUAGAUUUUAUGAAAGAAAAAGAUAGAUAAGCUCAUGAAAUUAAAGUUAAGAAGUAAGAAGAGAAUGCAGCCAAGUAAACAUUAAUCUCAAAAAUUUCAUUAGGGAUAAAAUAUUUUAAAAAUUAAAGGAAGAAGAAGAAAGAAGAAGAUAAGAAGCAGAAUUAUUAACUGAACUAAGAUUUCAAUUAUAUUAAGAAUAAUAUGAUGCAUAAUAGAGAUAAAAAGAUAUUGAUGAAGCUAAUAAAAGGGAAUUUUAAAAAAGAGAAAUGUAAUAAGCUGAACAAGAGGCACGAUUAAGAAAAUAAAGAUAGAAAGAGGAAGAAUAAUAAAUGGAAAGAGAUUUCAGAGAUUAAAUGAUGAGAAAAUUUGCUGAAGAUGAUAAAUUAGAAUAGUUGGGAUAAUAAAAAAGAAGAAUGAAGGAAAUUGAACAUAAAAGAGAAGUUGAAAAAUUAUGGUAAUAGAAAUUGGAAAUGUAUUAAAUGGAAAAGCAAAAGGAACUUGAAUAAUUAGAAAGAUAAAGAAGAGAAGAAGCUUACAAAUAGUAAGUAAUUGAAGAAGAAAAAAAUCGUAUUCUUUAAGAACAUUUACAAUAAGUAGGAGAAUUCAUUCCAAAAGGUCUCUUAUUAAAAUAAGGAGAUUCUCAAUUUAUUAGGUAAGGAUAACCAAAUGCAAGUUAUUAAUCUGGAUUUAGAAUGUGA